AUGGCAUCAAAUAAUAAACUUCGUGUAACAGUUACUCUUCAACCUUCCGGAAAAUCAAGUGUAAUAAUUGUACAGACACUCGAAGAACUUCUUCGUCAAUGUUCAUCAAAAUUUCGUGUAAAAGUACGUCGUAUUUUUUUAGCAACAACAGGAGAAGAAUUAUUAACAGAUUUAUCACGAAUUUCAAAUGAUACUAAAUUAAUUGUAACAUGUGGUGAUACAUAUACAAUCGCUAAUACAUCAUCAUCAAAAACAACAGAUUCAAUAAUUGAUUCAUCAUCAGUUUCUAUUCAAAUUAUUGCAAAUAGAACAUUAAUUGAACAAGCAGCUAUUGAUCAAUUGAAAAAUGUGGCUCGAUUAUAUGCAAAAGUGAAACAUAUUUGGGGUACAGCUAAGAAUGAAAGUUUUCUUUAUAGAGAAUAA